ACAGGCUCAGGGCUCUUCAUCACCCAAAUGACCAUCACUGGGAAAAGUUACCAGGACUGAAGAUGUCUCCGUUCUGGGCUGUCUUCCUCCUCUGCAGCCUGCUGACCCCUUCACAAGGAUUUAGAAUCAUGCCCUCGGCUCCCCAGGUGGAUGUAGAUGACAUUAAAGAUUCACUGGCCAAACGUGACCUCCAGAAGCUUAAAGGUGGUCUCCUUGGUGGCAACCUGCUCAGUGGUCUCCUUGGAAAAAAGAGCCCUCUUGGCAAAGUCCUUGGCAAAGAUGGUGCUGUUGGUGGACUCCUUGGAGGAGAUGGUCUCCUUGGUGGUGUCCUUGGACAAGAUGGUCUCCUUGGAGGAGAUGGUCUCCUUGGUGGUGUCCUUGGACAAGAUGGUCUCCUUGGAGGAGAUGGUCUCCUUGAUGGUCUCCUUGGAGGAGAUGGUCUCCUUGGUGGUGUCCUUGGACAAGAUGGUCUCCUUGGUGGUGUCCUUGGCAGAGAUGGUGUCCUCGGUGGUCUCCUUGACAGAGAUGGUGUCCUUGGAGGUCUCCUUGGCAAAGAUGGCGUCGUUGAUGGUCUCCUUGGCAAAGAUGGUCUUGUUGAUGGUCUCCUUGAUGCUGUCCUUGAUAUUCUCCUUGGCAAAGGUGGUCUCCUUGGCAAAAAUGGUCUCGUUGGCAAUCUUCUUGGUGGAAAUGGUGACCUUGGUGAAAAUGGUGGUCUCACAGGGCUGAGGAUUCUGAACAACACCCUUCCCAGAAUAAGCCUGCGCACCCUGCCCGGCUUCGGGCACCAGGUGGGCUUCAACACCCGGCUGCUGAUAGACAGCUCCAGCAUACCGGGCUUGCCGCGCUGCGUGCAGGUGGAAGCAGAUGUGGGCGCGCUGGUCCGGGACAAGUGGGCAGCUCCCCAGAGCACCCAGGACUGCAAGACUGUUGACAUAAACAUCAGUGUGAGUCCCAAAGUGCCUCUCCUGGAUCAGGUUUUAAAACGUCUCCUCGGUGAUGUCCUGCGUGAGGUGGUAAGGCUACAAAGCGACCUCCACGGGUGCAACAUCGUCAACACCAGGCUCGGCGUGGUGAGCUCGCUGCUCGGCUCCAGGACCCCCGUGCUCCCACUGGGGGCUCUGGGAGAUCUGCCCAACUUUUCCAUCAUCGGUGGCGACACCAUCCAGCUGGAUCUAAACCUCCCUGUCGGGGACACGGAGGGUGCUGUGGUGGCCCCCACCACGCAGGGACCACCACUCACCGCCAGCCUGCUGCUGGGCACCGGGCGCCUGCCACAGCUCAGCCUGUCCCCACGUGCACUCGGUGUCCUGCUGGAGCUGGCCCAGGAGCAAGGAGCCUUCAACCGCAGCAUCACCAGCUCCACGGUGCCCAAUAGCAUCUCGCUGUCCACGUCUGCCCUUCUCCCGCUCAUCCCUCAGCUCGCCAGGGUCCUCCCUGGCUCCCUGCCGAUGGAGCUGCGCGUGCGGGUGGCCAACGAGCCAGUGGUGGCCGUGAGGGAUGGAAAAGCCACCGCCACUCUCAAAGCCUCCAUCGACAUCCUCAGCCCUGCCCUGCAGUCCGCCCAGAAGCUACUCUUCUCCCUGGACACGGACAUCGUUCUGAGCAUCACCCCAUCGGUUUCCGACGGCAAGCUGCAAACCUCCCUGGCUCUGGACAGCAUCAACCUGACUCGGACACCCCUGAGACUCGACCCUCUCAGUGCAUCCCCGCUUGCAGGGUGGCUCAAGCAAGUCCUCACGGCUGCAUAUAUACCUGCUGUUAAUGAUGCCUUGAGUGUGUCAGUCCCUCUGCCCAAAGUUCCCAACAUCAACCUCAGGAACGCCAAGGUUGACAUCACCGACGCAGACAACUCUUCCGACCAGACCCGUCUGGACAAUUCCUGCUCGGAAGGACCCUUGUCCCUGCUCUCUGUCUGAGGUCGGCAGCACCCC